CUGACUGACGGAAGUAAACAAAAGGUGACGUCAGAACAUGCGUCGUUAAUACUUCCGUAAUAUAUUUUCACUACGACAGAAGUGUUAGAAGAAGAAUAUAAUGCCACUUUUCACCCCUUCAACGCCUUUCGACGGAGAUGUCGAGAAGGCAACCAGUGAAAUGAAUACAGAGGAGAACUGGGGUGUUAUAAUGGACAUAGUCGAUAAAGUCAACACAAGCAGUGGAUCAAAAGAUUGUUUGCGAUCCAUAGCUAAAAGAUUGAAUCAUCGUGUACCCUUUGUUGCAAUGCAGGCAUUAACACUUUUGGAUGCCUGUGUUAACAACUGUGGUAGACCUUUCCAUUUAGAGAUUUCAUCCAGAGAUUUCAUCUCAGAAUGUCGAACCCUGAUCAAUCAAAAAGCUCACCCAAAAGUAGCUCAAAAAUUGAAAUCAAUGAUCAAGAAAUGGGCUGAAUCUAAAGAAUUUAAAGAGGAACCUACAUUGAGUUUGAUUCCAUCAUUUUAUAGCAGUUUGAAAUCAGAGGGAGUGGAUUUCAAUGACCCAGAUGGCCCUGUCAAAAAGACCACACAGCUGAGCAGUAAUCCUGAUGUUGUCAAUAACCAACAAGAGGAGGACGACAUAGCUAAAGCCAUAGCUCUUUCACUAAGGGAGAAUGAGAAAUCGAGCGUCAAGACCACCAAUUUGUAUCCUGCAGGGUUUAAUUCCUCACCUAUUUAUGCCACAAGCAGUAAACCCAAGGAAGUUCGGAAGGUUCGAGCUCUUUAUGACUUUGAAGCAGCAGAGGAUAAUGAACUGACGUUUAAGUCGGGAGAAUUUAUCAGUGUUACUGAUGACAGUGAUGCUAACUGGUGGAAAGGCUUUAAUCAUCGAGGAGAGGGGUUGUUCCCUGCCAACUUUGUUACCUCAGACCUGACAGUGGAACCUGAGGAAUCUAAAGCAGAAAAGGCUGUUUCAUUUAAAGAAGAAGUCCAAGUUUUGGAUUUCGAAUCAGAUGAUGUAACGAUUGAUGAGAGUAAGAUCGACGAGGUCUUGCAGUUGAUACAGAAUUCUGACCCAACAGGUGAAACACAAACCGAUUCCACUGAAAUGUUACGAUUAGAGAACCAGUGUUCUAGAAUGGCCCCUUUAAUCGACACAGAACUGGAGAAAAUUGACAAAAAACAUGCCGGUUUGUGUGAAUUAAAUUCUAAAGUGGUUGAAGCUAUGCAGAUGUACCACAAUCUAAUGAAGGAGACUCCAGCUCCUUACGGUUACAAAGCUCAACACACUGCACCUUCAAUGAGUUACAACUUCCCCAGUCAGUCAGUAUAUAAUGGCCAACCCCAGUUUCAGUCAGUCCCUGGUCAGAUUCCACCUGUUUCGGUUCCUCAAGGACCAAUGCCAGUCAGCCAGAUGUCAAUACCCCAGGUGCCGAUGCCUCAGAAUCCUGGCAUGAUGCCAGCUAAUGUUCAGAUGCCUCAGAAUCAGAUGAACUCGUCAGUUCCACCACAGAUGACAAUGAAUCCACAAGGUUACAUGCAACAAGCACCAAGCAGUCAAUCCUACAGUGUGUCGGAUUCAAACAUGAACACUUAUCCACCAGAUCAAUCCCAGAAUGCAAUACCGCCAUCCCACAAUCCAUCAAUGCCACAGCAAGUGUCCUCCACGCCGAGUGGGGUUCCCCAGCAGAACUUUCAGUAUACUAUGUCACAGGUGGACGGCAGACAGUUUUACCACCCCCCUCCCCAACAACAGCCCCUCUUAUGAAAUCAAUGAUAUUGUUUUGUUAUUGAAUUCUUCUAUUGUUAUCGAUGUAUUACAUGUGUGUAUAUAUAUAUUGCUGUAAGCAUGACACAAAGACUAAAUGUUUACAGGCAAUUAAGUUAUAGCAUGUAUUCGUCCGUGCAUUACGACAGAAGUAACUGUUGAAAAAUAACUACAUUUUCGUUGUUUGCAAUUAAGUUGUGGCUUAUUCUUGUCCAUGCAUUACUUAUGAUAUAACAGUAGAGAGCCAACUACAUUAAAAAAUUUGUUGUUGGCAGUAAACAUGUAUCAAGUCAUUUUAUAUCAAGGAAUCAUCUCUGGGUUUUUUAACAUACUUUGUGGUGUUUUAUGACACUAGUGAGAUAUGUUUUAAGAGUUCACUUGUACUUGGUGUUUAAUUGUUAGAUAACUGCCAUUUGUUAUCAUACAUGUAGAUCAGGAAGUAUACCCAAAUUUACGCUAUUAAGCUUGCAAGAUAUUGUUUAGUAGCUACGGUAGGCAAAAUGUUUUUGUUACAUGUAUGUCAGAAAAAAAAUAGGAUUUAUAUUGUGCUAUCAGUAAAGCAGAUGGUAUUGCAAACAGAAAUUUUAAAAGUGUUCAUUGCCACAGAGACACAGGUUGAUCUACUUCAGCAAUGUUUCAUGUCUGGAAUGCAGUAACAAUUUAUUGAUUCCAUUAGUCCAUUCAUUCAUUAUUAUUCAUUAAUAGAUGUUUUUACUUGGGAAAUCAAUUAAAUGAUAUUUUACUGUACACAUAUCUGUGUAUAUCAUUGUAUGUUGUUCUGUAUAUAAGGUGGGCGUGACAGAUAUUGCGCAACCAUUGGGACUGUGAUAUAGAUGAGUGAUACUUGAGUUAGGAUCUUAGAUUUCAAAAAAAAAAGAAAAGCUUAUGGCAUGCAGAGAAACUGAUAAUGAAAUACACCAUUUUUAACUUCAUGGAAAAAUAUGUGGAGAGCACAAAUAGUAUGGUAGUUAACACUCUGUUUCUUGACUAAUGGAAAAUGUAAAUAGUAAAUACCUAUACUUAGAAUAUCAGUUUUAUCUGGUACUUUACCAGUAUUUUUUUUUUUUGUACGGGUCACAUUUCGCAGUUUUAGUUAAGCAUCUGACUAGUCUUCUAAACAAACAUGGAAAAUUGUAUUAAUCUAAAUUUGUUGUGUGUCUUUGACAUUAAGUUUUAGUUUAUUUUCUUGGCUUUAGCUGAAAACUUUGUAUUAAAAAUUAUUACCACUUUGAACAUUUUGAUGUGAAGUUUUAAAACUGUAUUUGUUGAUUUGUGUCAGUUGGUUGACACCCAAACUAGUGUUGUGUAAAUUUUAUUUGCAUACUUUGACGCAGCCAACUUGUUUGUCCAUGUGUCGGUGAUAUGCGACUGUGUAAACAUAGUCCUCCCACUUGUCACUAUGGCCUUUGUGUAACUGUAUGGAUUUGUGUAACUGUAUGGAUAUUUUAAUACCUUGUUGCUUUUUGUUGUAAGUCAGACUUUUGAAGAAGUAAAUGUAUGACCAUCUCUCUGUAAUCCGGAACACACAGUGAUUAAAGCAUAAAAAAAGACUGUA